AUGCCACAGCACGAGCAUACACCCACGGCCGACUCGUCGCGCGCCAGCUCCAUCCACCUGGGCAACUCGCAUCUUCACCCGCAAGAUGCCUUUUACGCCCACUCGCCGCCGCGCCAGCGCUCGCUGGCCCCGAGUGACACGGCGACGAAACAGUCUUCGGACGGCAGAUCGCGCAGCAGAAGGGAGCGGGAUCGACGGCGAGGACGUAGCAGCAGCCGCAGGAGGCGGAGUGGCAAUGCCCUGGGCAAGGGACAGUGGAAGAAGCUACUGUGGGUGAAGCAGAGCUACCCGGACAACUACACCGACGAGGAGACCUUCUUGGACCAUCUGCAGCGCAACCCGCGGCUCAGACCGUAUGAAUUCUGGCCGCUGGUUGCCGACAGCACCAUCAUUGUGCAGCAUGUCUGCUCCGUCAUCAUCUUUGUCUGCUGCUUCACGGCCAUCUUCCAGGAGCGCGUCGUCCCGCAGACUGUCGUGGGUUGGGCCACGCUUGGAACGGUAGUCGGCUGGUUUCUACUGGACUACUGGCAGACGCGGGAAGAAGCUGAAGCGGCUGAGACCCAAGACCCACCGCCGCACAAUGGAGGAGGCGAAGAUGCUGAUAGAGGCUCCAACUCCCCAGUAUCCGACGCUGCCUCUUUCGGCCAGCCCUUCAAAGAGCGCCAUAUCCCGCUCGCUGCAACAGCCAGCGGUCGGGCAUCCUACUCUCACUCCCGGAACCCCAGUCUUGCCUCCGUUGGUGCCGCCAGCAGUUUCGCUACAUCUCCAAUGUUCGGUCCUGGUGAAGCUCAUGGCGCGGCUCUACCCGCAACACCUCCCCAUGUUCCGGCGUGGAAUGGUCCACCAUCAUCGCUCUCGCCACGCAUGCAACAACGCCUGUCGACGGUCAAAUCAGCUAUCCUCAUCUACUGUUCCCUCCUUGGCCUGUCACCCAUCCUCAAAUCUCUCACCAAGUCCACCUCCUCUGACUCGAUCUGGGCUCUCAGCAGCUGGCUCAUGAUGCUCAACGUCAUGACUUUUGACUAUGGCGCCGGGCCUGAGGCGAAAUUCCCAGCGCCUUUGUCUACCAACGCUGCUUUGAUGGCAAGUACAGUCCUGGCCAGUCGGCUGCCAAGCACGACCCACGUCUUCAGCUUGACCCUGUUCAGCAUUGAGGUCUUUGGACUCUUCCCAGUCUUCCGACGGCAUCUACGGCACCACUCAUGGGCCGGGCAUCUUUCGCUCACGACUUUUCUGGUAGUGCUUGCGUCGGGAGGACUAAGCAUGACAAUUAGCGGAGGUGGGUACCUCAUGGGUAUUGCUGGGGUCGUUUUAGGUGGCAUCGUUACCGCAGGGAGUCUAGGGAUGACGACGUGGUGGUUGAUCGGACUGCAGAGUCCGGAUGCGCAUCUCCCGUGCGACCCUCAUCAAUCCAUUUCUACCUCUCCUCCGCCGUCAAAGCGUCCCGCAGAGCACAGCGGAGGUGUUUCAGGGAAAGAACUCAUCGUCGUAUGCGCUGUCGGCGUGAAUGUUUCUGCAGGACUUGGUGCCUCUGCGAGAUCGGGACUCACAUUCUUCCGCCCGGCGACCGCAGGCGGGUUCGGCGCUGUCGCUGCGGUUGGCCGUUUGAUACGACUGUCUCAGGAGCAACUCGUGCAGGCCUUCGGUCUGCAGUAUACUCAAACGAGCGGCACACUCCAGCCGCACAUCGAGGGCAGCGCUUCCCUACCUUUGCAAGUUGGUUGGAACAGCCGUGCUGUUCUGCUGGCAUGCGAGCUGGCUCGUCCUGGUUUUCAGGGACCGCGAGAUGUCUUUGAAGGGACUUAUGGCUACCUGCGGCUCUUUGAGGGACCAAAACAGUGGAAUAUGACUUCCAGCAGGCUGGUCUUGGAAGGAAGGCGUUGGCUCAUCGCCGAGUUGAGCCACAAACCGUUCCCUGCCGGAAGAGCCACUCAUGGAGGUGUCGAGGGCCUCCAAGAACUCAUGAAGGAAGAGACCGGACAUCUCAAGCCAGAGCAGAUCGAGAAAGUCACGAUGACGGGGUCUCCAGUCUCCGCCCGCCGGUGUGCACGGCCAGACAAGCCGGAUCUGUCUCCCAAUUACGCUCGCCUCUGCAUGUCAUAG